AUGACUCGUCCCCUCUACCUGGAUUCUUGCGUCUCAUUCAUCCUCUCGAGGCUGUCGUCUCCGUCGUCCGUUGUGAAGCAGGAGUCUAUAGCCGUCCUCUUGGAACUCUACUCUUCGAAUUCGGGUCACAGUAUGGAUGAGUUGAGUCCCCAUAUCCUUUGUGUUGUGAGCCACCUGCGGAAUGAAGUUAUCAAGAGUGUAUCACUGGGUUGGAAUGAAGGGGACUCAUACCUACGAGACUGCAUGCAACUUUUGGGUUCUAUUGGCAAGAGAUCUCACGGGGCUUCGUCAUCCGUCAUCGCUUCCUGGAUGGACCCGGUAACUAGCGGCGCCUUGUCCAGUUUGGGUUCUGGGCAAGCUGUCUGCUCUGCGUAUGCCACUAUGUUGUAUCACUUGGCUUGCAGCGAUGUCUCUUGUGGUGUUGCCCUCUUGUCCCAUUUUCUGCCGCUGUUAUUGUUGAACCUGCGCAACGAAUUUGAUGGUGAGAGUGAAAAUGCUUUGAUUAUCCUCUCGGCGUUUUUGAUGGGCAUUUUGGAUUUAUGCAACUCUGAAGAGUUGCGUCGCGGAUUGCCGUCGCCCCGGGCAGAGGUGAAGCGAAGUCUGGAAUUGAACUUGCCAGAUCUACUCCGGGUCGUGAAAAACCUCUUACGGGGUCUCAGCACGGCUGGGGCAUCGUUAAAGCUCGUCGGGUGUGAACUACUUUCAUCCCUAUUGUGCUUGGAUGCAUGUCUGUGUCAGUGGCUGCCUGUGGAACUGCUUCACUCGUCGUGUGAACAUCUACUCUUGAUUUGUUUACAGAGCGAUGAGGAACUUUGCACGAAGGUUGCCAGUCUUCUCUCUCGCAUCGGUCUUCUGGAGGGGAAUGCCUUAACGGACGUUCUCCCUCGCGUAAUCGGCACAGAAAAGGUGUUUACCAGGACUGGAAUUGUGAAUCUUUUUAAUGCGCUUUUGAAGUCCUCUGUUUCCACCGCUCUUCUGGCAUUGGAGCUUUUGUUGCACUCCUCCUCGUCUUCGGUUGCGGCCCGGCUUUCAGAAACGGAGUUGUUUUCCUUGUGCGGGCAUGCUCUUGCAGCAAGUACGGACUUCCCAGAAGAGGCCAUAUUGCACUUGUUGCAACUUGUGGUUACUAAAAACUCGCCCGCAAGCUUUGAAUUCUUGUGUGAGCUGCUUCUCAGGAUUCCUUUGUCGCUACGCCUGAAAACCGUGCUGCGGAUGGUUGGUGAAAAUCGGUGCUGCAUCCUGACCAUUGCACUGCUUGCCUCCUCCGACUCGGACGUGUACCAGGUUGCGGAGACCCCAGAGCGCUGGGUGGCGGAGAUGUUGAACGCCGUCCGCGAAGAGAAGCCGCCAGGCGUGGCGCUGCAGGGAGUGUCGGCGGUAUGCCUCCAUGCGCCAAAGGCGGCAGAGGAUUUUUUGGCAGGGUCAGCAGUGCUGGAGCCAAAACUUCAGUUCGCCGUGUAUGCGGCUACCGCGCGUGGCCUCUUAAGAAGAAGCGUGGAAACGAAUGACACGGUGGAGGGUAUAACAUUGAAGCUAAUGGACGCACUUUGUAGUGGCGUAGACAUUGAGGAGGCCUUGACCACCACUUUUUUUUCUCCUUCCUCAGGUCCGAAGAAGGCUGUGACGCUUCUCGUUCCACUUGUUCAGUGCCUACGGAGCAGAGAGACUCUUAUGCCAGAGACCUCAUUGCGGGUUCUGCUUCAACUGCUUCUGAAGGAGCCGCUGGGCUCGGACUUCGAUGGGGGGGCUAUUCUGGAAGUAUGCGAGUGUGUGGCACGACAGGAACCCACAGAAGGCCAUAUUAUUCGCCUCGUCGAGCUGUUGGGGUGUAUAAGCUCUCGGACAGGCUCCAAAGACUUUUUUAUGAGGCGGCUUAUGGCAAACGAUGCUGCACUCUUUGAGGCAUUGCUGAGUGCCGUGCGUUCGCCAGACCUGCAGACGCGGUGCAAUUCCUUACGCCUCCUGUCGGAGGUGGCUGUCUUUGCGGUGCAGAUCCACGCAACGACUAACGAGGAGGACGUGAAGUAUAAAAACUCCGUUGCAAAGGCGCGGGAUGGGGUGCUGCAUCUGACACAAUCUUCCCUGGCGGAUCACAAACGCCUGGUGCGUCGCGCCGCCGCGCAUUGCCGGCAUCAGUGGUAUAAAUUAAGGUGA